UCUUUCCUUUCUUCCUUUACCUGGCCCCGCCCCCCGGAAGCUUCUAUGGGUCCUCGCCUGCGGGUCAGGGGUGAGAAGUAGUGCUGCAGAACGGACCCUGGUGAAUAACUUCCCUGAGUUCCACUCCCCGGCGGCGCGAGUUGCAAGAACCUAGGAAAACUGCUGUCAUCUGGCGCCAAGAUGUCCGGAAUUGGAAAUAAAAGAGCAGCUGGAGAGCCUGGCACAUCCAUGCCUCCGGAGAAGAAGACAGCUGUUGAAGAUUCAGGGACCACAGUGGAGACAAUUAAGCUCGGGGGUGUCUCUUCAACGGAGGAGCUAGACAUUCGAACACUGCAAACCAAAAAUCGCAAGCUGGCAGAGAUGCUGGAUCAACGGCAGGCCAUUGAAGAUGAACUCCGUGAGCACAUUGAAAAACUGGAACGAAGACAGGCCACUGAUGAUGCCUCGCUGCUGAUUGUCAACCGGUACUGGAGUCAGUUUGAUGAAAACAUCCGUAUCAUCCUUAAACGUUAUGAUCUGGAGCAAGGUUUGGGAGAUCUCCUCACAGAAAGAAAAGCCCUUGUCGUGCCGGAACCAGAACCAGACUCUGAUAGCAAUCAGGAACGGAAAGAUGACCGAGAGAGAGGGGAAGGGCAAGAGCCAGCUUUCUCUUUCCUUGCUACCUUGGCCAGCAGUUCCAGUGAAGAAAUGGAAUCUCAGCUGCAGGAGCGAGUGGAGUCCUCCCGCCGAGCUGUGUCCCAGAUUGUGACGGUCUAUGAUAAAUUACAGGAAAAAGUAGAGCUCCUGUCGCGGAAGCUAAACAGCGGAGAUAAUCUGAUAGUGGAGGAAGCGGUGCAGGAGCUGAAUUCCUUCCUUGCUCAAGAGAAUAUGAGGCUACAGGAAUUGACAGACCUCCUUCAGGAGAAGCAUCGCACCAUGUCUCAGGAGUUCUCCAAGUUGCAGAGUAAAGUGGAGACAGCUGAGUCACGAGUUUCUGUCCUGGAGUCCAUGAUCGAUGACCUGCAGUGGGAUAUUGACAAAAUCCGAAAGAGGGAACAGCGACUCAACCGACACUUAGCAGAAGUCCUAGAACGGGUGAAUUCGAAAGGUUAUAAGGUCUAUGGAGCGGGGAGCAGUCUCUAUGGUGGCACAAUCACUAUCAAUGCCCGGAAGUUUGAGGAAAUGAAUGCAGAGCUUGAGGAGAACAAAGAGUUGGCUCAGAACCGUCACUGUGAGCUGGAGAAACUUCAGCAAGACUUUGAGGAGGUCACUACACAAAAUGAAAAGCUGAAGGUGGAAUUGCGGAGUGCGGUGGAAGAGGCAGUUAAGGAAACUCCGGAAUACCGCUGUAUGCAGUCACAGUUCUCCGUCCUGUACAACGAGAGCCUACAGUUGAAAGCGCACUUGGACGAGGCCCGGACCCUGCUGCAUGGCACCAGGGGGACCCACCAGCGCCAAGUUGAGCUCAUCGAGCGAGAUGAGGUUAGUCUUCAUAAGAAGCUGAGGACCGAAGUGAUCCAGCUGGAAGAUACUCUGGCCCAGGUCCGCAAGGAGUAUGAAAUGCUGAGGAUAGAGUUUGAGCAGACCCUUGCUGCCAACGAACAAGCAGGCCCCAUAAACCGGGAGAUGCGUCACCUCAUCAGUAGCCUCCAGAAUCACAAUCACCAGCUGAAAGGGGAGGUCCUAAGGUAUAAGCGGAAGUUGAGAGAAGCCCAGUCUGACCUGAACAAGACGCGCCUGCGUAGCGGCAGUGCCCUCCUGCAGUCUCAGUCUAGUACUGAAGACCCGAAGGACGAGCCCACGGAGCUGAAGCAAGAUCCUGAGGACUUACCUGCCCAGUCCUCUGCAUCGAAGGCAUCUCAGGAGGAAGUCAACGAAAUUAAGUCCAAACGGGAUGAGGAAGAGCGAGAACGAGAAAGGAGGGAGAAAGAGAGGGAGCGAGAAAGAGAGCGGGAGAAGGAAAAGGAGAGAGAACGAGAGAAGCAGAAACUAAAAGAGUCAGAAAAAGAAAGAGACUCUGCUAAGGACAAAGAGAAAGGGAAACAUGAUGAUGGAAGGAAAAAGGAAGCAGAAGUUAUCAAACAAUUGAAGAUUGAACUCAAGAAGGCACAGGAGAGCCAAAAGGAGAUGAAACUAUUGCUAGAUAUGUACCGCUCUGCCCCAAAGGAACAGAGAGACAAAGUUCAGCUAAUGGCAGCUGAGAAGAAGUCUAAGGCAGAGUUGGAAGACCUGAGGCAAAGACUCCGGGAUCUAGAGGAUAAGGAGAAAAAGGAGAAUAAGAAAAUGGCUGAUGAGGAUGCCUUGAGGAAGAUCCGGGCAGUGGAGGAGCAGAUAGAGUACCUGCAGAAGAAGCUGGCCAUGGCCAAGCAGGAGGAAGAGGCUCUCCUCUCUGAGAUGGAUGUUACAGGCCAGGCCUUUGAAGACAUGCAGGAGCAGAAUAUCCGUUUAAUGCAGCAGUUGCGGGAGAAGGAUGAUGCAAAUUUCAAGCUCAUGUCAGAACGUAUUAAGUCCAAUCAGAUCCACAAGUUACUUAAAGAAGAGAAGGAGGAGCUGGCUGACCAGGUUUUGACUCUAAAGACUCAGGUUGAUGCUCAGUUACAGGUAGUAAGGAAAUUGGAAGAGAAGGAGCAUCUGUUACAAAGCAACAUUGGCACAGGGGAGAAGGAACUGGGUCUUAGGACUCAAGCCUUAGAGAUGAAUAAACGCAAGGCGAUGGAGGCAGCCCAGCUUGCAGAUGACCUCAAAACACAACUGGAAUUGGCUCAGAAGAAGCUACAUGAUUUUCAGGAUGAGAUUGUGGAGAACAGUGUCACCAAAGAAAAGGACAUGUUCAAUUUCAAACGAGCCCAGGAGGACAUCUCUAGACUUCGAAGGAAGCUGGAGACCACAAAGAAACCAGACAAUGUACCCAAAUGUGAUGAGAUCCUGAUGGAGGAGAUUAAGGAUUACAAGGCACGCCUGACCUGUCCAUGUUGCAACAUGCGUAAAAAGGAUGCCGUACUUACCAAGUGUUUUCACGUGUUUUGCUUUGAGUGUGUGAAGACACGCUAUGACACCCGUCAGCGCAAAUGUCCCAAGUGUAACGCUGCAUUUGGUGCCAAUGAUUUCCAUCGCAUCUACAUUGGUUGAGCCAAGCCAAGAGAAGAAGAGGGAAUGGCUAGACAGGCACCUAUUCAGUAACCAUCAAACCUCUACCUCUUCUCACCUUGACUGUCACCUACGGGGCAGUUUAUCUGUCAACUACCUUUCCUUCACAGACUUUACGUCCAGGUUCUCCUCCCUAAUAGCUACAUGACUUCAGGGAAAAGGACUGGUAAAGGCAAGUCUUGGGUUUUAGAAUGAAUUAGAAACCUCUUAUUUGUCUUCCCCACCAGCUUGUUUCUUUCCUGCUUUUAGAUUUUUCAGCAUUUUCUUCUUCAGGCUUAACUGCAUAAAUAAUCGUGGAUUGUUCAUUCCUCCUGAAGAAGCAAGUUGGUACUCUUGACAUGGAGAAGGGAACAAGAAGAGUGGAGACACAUGGCUAUUUUGGGGAGUGAGGGCGAUCUUUUAGAAAUAAGCUAUCCAUGGGCACAAACAUUUCUUGAUUUGGGUAGUAAACUUUUUGUAGACUCGGAUUAUAAAAUGGUAUAAUUGUGCUUUUUCCUGGAUGGUUUGAAGCCUUAAUGAAAUUAUGUCCAGGAUGAUUCAGUUCAUUUCCUAUUCACUAACAAAGUAACUUGUUAAGGUCAGCUGGUUUCCAUGUUGAAGUUAUCUAAGUUUUGAGUGUUCUACUCAUUGAAAGGUCUUUAAAUUUCUUGAGGCCAGAAUAAUUACAAAUGCAAUCGCCCCUUUUAUCUUAUAAUGAAAUCAAGAUUGGAGAGGAUGGGGAACAGGACUGAGAUGGUGAAGAGAUCUUCUGGGUACUCUGGGAACUUGAUUACAGGGAGGUCUUGGUGAGCCAUGAAUUACUCUCAUCUGCCUCUCUACAGGGAUUCUUAUGAUCCCUGUUCCCCAGAAGAUUCUCUGUAAUGUUUCUGUAGGACUUUAUACUCCAUAAGCUUCAAUUAAAGCAGGAUUCAAUUUGC